CAGCUGCAUCUGCUCCUCAGUUUUGCUGGAUUCUCUGAAAGCAGUUAUGCUGUGUGUUCCCGUCGGAGUUAAUCUUUUUAUUUCGUUUUCUUAACAGUGCUAAACAACAGAUUCCAUGCGGUUUGCAGAGCGGGUGUUAAUGGAGACUACAUUCACACUGUUAGUUUAUUUUGUGACUGUACAGAUUCACUGGAAGUAGGAUCAAGGAUGCCUCGGAGGAAUUGGAAGCUAAAACUUUUAGAGAAGCCGAUGGGAGGUGGUAGAGUCAAACGCUCCUUUUUGAAAAAAACUACUCUUUUUCAAAACCCAUACUCCAGAGUGAACUCUGCUGUCCCUGCUGCGUCAACGGAGGCGGUGCCACAUGUGAACUCUGCCGUCCCUAGUGCGUCAACGGAGGCUGUGCCACAUGUGAACUCUGCUGUCCCUGCUGCGUCAACGGAGGCUGUGCCACAUGUGAACUCUGCUGUCCCUGCUGCGUCAACGGAGGCUGUGCCACAUGUGAACUCUGCUGUCCCUGCUGCGUCAACGGAGGCUGUGCCACAUGUGAACUCUGCUGUCCCUGCUGCGUCAACGGAGGCAGUGCCACAUGUGAACUCUGCUGUCCCUGCUGCGUCAACGGAGGCUGUGCCACAUGUGAACUCUGCUGUCCCUGCUGCGUCAACGGAGGCUGUGCCACAUGUGAACUCUGCUGUCCCUGCUGCGUCAACGGAGGCAGUGCCACAUGUGAACUCUGCUCUCCCUGCUGCGUCAACGGAGGCUGUGCCACAUGUGAACUCUGCUGUCCCUGCUGCGUCAACGGAGGCUGUGCCACAUGUGAACUCUGCUGUCCCUGCUGCGUCAACGGAGGCUGUGCCACAUGUGAACUCUGCUGUCCCUGCUGCGUCAACGGAGGCUGUGCCACAUGUGAACUCUGCUGUCCCUGCUGCGACAACGGAGGCUGUGCCACAUGUUGAACAGGAGGAGGCUAGCUCUAAUGAAGAGACCGCAUACAGUAAAUCAAAGGCAAAAGAGCUGUGUGGUUUGGAAGUCACUGAAGCCUGAACUGUUUCGUGUGUCGCUGGAAACUGCUGCACCAUCAUCGAAUGUUUGCUUCGUUUGCAAAGAGCAUGCAGGAUAUAGGUGUCGGGAGUGCAGUCACACGAUAGUCUGCUGUGAAACCUGUGUUAAGGCGACACAGAAAUUCCCUGCAUCUUCCUGAAAAAUGGAACGUUAGUACUUGUUCACAAUGGUAUAGAAAACAACUCUUGAAGUGAUCAUUUUGGACCUUUUUCUGACUUUAUUCAAAGUAGGCAUAACAGUUUUUCCUGUGUUCUACUCUUCUUUCCCUAUACUAUAGAAAACCAGCUCUCACAAAAUCAACUAAAAGCUUUGAUGUGAAAAGUAGUGAAUUCAACUGCAUCUACAAGAUAUUGGAGGAUGUAUUAUCAUGUAUCAUAACUAUUAUACGCAAUUCUUUGUCUUUAUACCGGUGCUGAUGUCAGGUGUUUUUUUCCAUCUUUGUUUCUCCUUCAAUUUCUGUACAUUUGUGCGUUGGGUAUUUCAAUUUCCCUAAGGGAACCUCUCAAAGGGAUUGAUAAAGUCAUCUAUCUAAUCACUUUGUGAGUGUGAUGUUUAAUAGUUUUGUCCUCUUCAUGACUUUCAGAGGUUCAAAACCGACUUCAACUGUAAUGUAGUU